CGAGUCUUCAAGCGCUGAGUUGAAUGUGCUUUCAAUACUUGUUUUGUAAUGCGAGUUACGCUGUGAUCAUGGUGACUGAAGACCAUGGACACUGUGUCAUGUAUUUAGCAAACAGCUUUGCCAAUAAAAGAGACGUCUCUGUGGGCCUGUUGCCUGUAACCAGGAAGUCAAGGCUGAUCAACAGAAGGAAACUUCUCUGUUGUAAGGAUGUGGUUAAGUUGGACUUCAGGAAGAAACGUAUCAUUGUGAGACUGUGCUCUUUAAGGUAGGACGGAAAUAUUCAGAGCUGGGGCAGUUGCUAUGGGCAGGGUCUCUGCUUGCCCUUCCAUUGACCAAGCACCCAGUUGCUAUUGAUGACAGAUGAAGUGCAUUUCUUGAUUUAGUUCCACUUGAAAGGAAUUCAACUUUUCACAUCCUGUUACAUUCCACAACAAAAACAGAGGAAAAAACUGUGAUUCAAAACUGAAAAAAGAAGAAUGAAGAGAAGAGAUAAAAUACUAAUACAGAAGUACUACUUAAAUGUCUUCAAUGGAAUUUUCUUGGCUCUGGGUCUUAUGCUUUUAACAUUUGGCCUGUGGCUUUUAUUUGACAGAAACAAUUUAUUCAGUGUGUUAUUUUCUUCAGGCGAGAACCAACCAGUGGCAUAUAUUUCUUGUAUAUUACUUGGAAUUGGAUCUGUUAUUACUAUGACAUCAGCCAUGGGAUUCCUUGGAAGUGUUAUGGAAAUCAAAUGUCUGCUAGUUACAUCUAUGAGUUUUCAAAUCGUGGUGUUUGUUACCCAGAUGGCAAUAUUGGUGCUGAUAUUCAUGAAGAAAGAAGAGGUCCACAAGCAAUGGAACAACAGAAUUGAUGAAGUUAUUUCUGAAUACGGGAAUGAGAGUCUGACUGAGCGGGAACCUGUGUGGAACAUUCUGAACGCUGUGCAGCACAAUAUGGAAUGCUGUGGAAGAUACAAUGUCACACAGUGGGAAAGGAAUAAAAACAAGGAAAAUAGUACUCAGAUCCCAUGUUCAUGCAUAAAAUCUAGUCUGAAGAAAUGGUUUUGUGAUGUCCCAAGGGAUUCAACAUACAGUAUGGGAUGUGAAGAAUAUUUAAAUACAUGGUUUGAAAACAAUGUUUUGAUCUUAACUGCAAUUACUGUCAGCCUGCUAAUUACACAGAUAUUUUUGAUCAGACUAACCGGUCAGCUGUUUAGAAACAUCAGAAAGAAUAAUAUUUGGCCAAAUGAAUCAUGAACUCUUCUGAGCAUUGCUAUGGUGCAAGAAUUAUGUGAUCCAUGCCUGUGACAGUCAACGAACUAACUUCCACUAAAAUUUGGAUUGGACUCUACAUAUUGCAAUCACUAGCAUAUUAACAUUUGGGCUUUAAUAUGUUUGUUUAUUGUUCUUGGCUAUGCAUAUGGCAGUGUGCUACAAAAUUAUGUGUGUUAAAGUCUGAAGUACAAUGCCAUCUACUAGCUGGUUAAUAAAACUUCUUGAUAAGCUGAAUAUUAGUUUCCUGACUCUCUGGAACAACUUAUUCAGAGUGUUGUAAAAAGUAUUGCAUAGUAUACUGCAUUUUGAAACAGAAGGAACCCUUUACCAUGUUCAGUUGAGAAAUACAUUUACUAAACCUACCUGAUACUUCUUUGGACCGUUACCAUUUCUUCCAGUCCUUCUCUGCUUUGUCCUUGCCUGUUGUGCAAUUUAACUCCAAAAAUUUAACUGAGUCUCAUAUAUUAGACUCAUAUCAGCUCUUUUCUAAGAAGUGUUGUAGACAUCUUUCAUUCUUGCUGAAUGGCUCUUAGCAUGCAUUUAAUCAAAUGGCUUUAGGGGUUUAGGUGGAGUAAGCUUGAAGCUUUAAAACAUUCUUUAUCCUCUGAGCAGUGAGGUGACCUGGAAUGUCUUGAGGAAAACAGAAGAAGGCGUGAUAUUACAAGUGUAGGUAGUAGCAUUGUUAAUUAUUUUUGUGCCUAAAACUUCCCAUUUCAGUAAUCCAUUUUCUGAUGCUUAUAAAUUUGGUAACUUCUUUUUAUUUAGUCUAAAAAAAUUACCAUUUCAAGUGCCUGCCACAGGCUGAAUUUCUUAUUUAGAGAACUUCAAAUAAAAGAAAUGUGUCAAUUCAGAUGUGAACAGCAUGUUUGGAACAGAAUCUGAAUUCCAAACUUGUAUUUUUUGUUCUGCCACCAACAAAAAUCUAAGGAACACAACAAUGAAGUCUCUCAUCCCACUCAGAGGUGCACUUUCAUUAAGAAUGGCAGAUACCUGUUACCUUGAUGUCAUGAUGGCUUAAGAGGUUUUAAUCUUGUUAUUGAUGUAAUUCAGUCUGAGAAUAC